GUGCCUCCUCACAAACCCACACACAUCCAGGACCUUAUUCAUCUUCCUCUGAUCUUCUUCUUCGUCUCAAACCUAGCAAGCCCUCUCUGUGAUAGUCAUGGGUUUGUGUUCACUUUCGAAGCCGAGCACGUCUCCACCGUGCCUGCUGCUAGACUCUUCAACGCUCUCUUCAACCACACUCACGCCAUCCUUCCCAAGGUCAUUCCCGACAUUAAAAGCGUCGGCGUCAGCUCAUUGAAGGAACCGGCGGCCCUGGAAGCGUCGUCAAGGUUUCCUCCGUCGACGAAGGUGGGAAUCCCAGGUACGGAUUGCACAAAGUGGGAAGUGGUGGAUGAGGCCAAGCUAUGUGUACAACUACAGCAUAGUGGAGGGCAACAUAUUGUUGGAGCCGGUGGAGAAGAUCUCCUUCGAGACCCAGGUGGUGGAAGGCGCUGCCGGCGGAUCUGUCAUCAAGGUGGUGAUCAAGUACCACACCAAAGGUGACGCGUCGCCGCCGGAGGAAAUGCUCAAGAACGGCAAGGAGAAGGGAGGACAUCUCUUCGAAUCCCUCGAAGGUUACAUUGCGGCCCAACCCCGAUCUCUGCUAGAGUCCUUCUACAAUUUUCUUUAGCGUUAUGGAAUUCGAUUUGGUUUUGGAGCAAAUUCAAGUUGUAAUAAGAUGGAGGGUCGGAUUGAUAUGACGUUGAGAACCAACCUUCUUUGUGUUUGGUCAUCGUCUCUCUCCUUAUGAUUAUGGUGGUUUGAGGGUUAUUUGUGAGUCAGUGUUUGGUCUCUGUAUUUUGCCGUGAGUGAUUUAGUUGUCAAGUGUUCAUUAUACUUUGUACUGUUGCUUGUAUUUUGUAAUAAGUAUAAUCCAAAGGAUGAAAGCCAUUCCACUUCAAUAAGAAUGCGCGAAACAUAUAUAUCA